UCAGAAAACCAAGAUACUUAUAGGAUUUUUUUUUUCUUUUUUGUAAGAUGUGCUGACAUGUUUUACUACACCUUCUAAUCUAUGCAUUCUAUUUAUUAAUUUCUAGGGAACUGCGCGUGAGGACGACCGGCUUGAUAAAUUUCUUUUUUUUUUCAGGACCCACGCAUGUGGAAUGCUUCCCGACUAUCUAGCGGACGCCACUGAAUGUCUCGACCGCAUCAUGAUGCGGCGCAAAUUCCUUAUUCGUCGCUGAGGACCAUCUCAUAAAGGAUGAGUUACUUCAGUGACUUCAGUAGCCUCAACUCUUCUCUGACUCGACCUCCUCCUGCUUACCCUGGACUCCAGGCCAACGAAAGCCCUCAUGUAUCAUACCAACAGCAGGAGCCGCCGCCUCCGUACCCCGCCGCUUCAGGUCCUCACCGAUACGCCUCUGAAGAUUACAGGCCAUCGUCUGACAAGUAUCACACUAAUACAAUAGGGAGGUACAAGCAGCCUCCGAGUAAUUAUUUGAAUGGCAGAAGCCAAAUAUCUGGGUCCACGACCUUCCAAGAAUUAGCUAAUGUUUUGCAACUUGAUAAGAACUCCCCUCCGCCGUACUAUUCCUAUCGACGUCCAACAAUGAAUGACACGCGUGAGCUGACGCACAGAGACUACGACAAUCUUGCUCCUGAGAGCAAUAGUUACUUAGGUAAAUAUGCAUAUCCAGGAACUCUGAGUAGAAACUUGCUCAACUCUCGAAACUGUGAUGUAAUAGCUAGGAACCCUAGUUACUUAGCUAACGAGUUUCCUUCCACAAACAAAAGUGGCCUCAAUGGCAAAACUUAUCAUGAAAGGAAUAAUUAUCCAAGUGCUUCCUCUGGGGAAUUCGUAGAAAACAACUUUCGAGAUUAUUCAAGCAGUGCAACUAAAAGUGAUCUUUUGGACAUAUCUCGAAGUGUGGGUCUUAGAGAGACAGCUUUAACUAGGGAGCAAACACUCCCUCGAGAUCAAAGUCUGUCUGGAUUUUCUCGCAAUUUCGGCACAUCACCUGUCGAUUUGCGGAUCAGCCGUGAGUCUUUGGACCGACCAAGCAACUGUAAUACUCCUCCAUCUCGGCAAUCUAUGACUCCUCCGUCGCUGCAUUCUGCCACGCCACCACUGCGCCAAAGUCAAGCAUCUCCUCUUAGACCAACUCCUACAAGAUGUACCAACACGCCUCCAUUCCGACCUAUCUCCAACCACACUCCUCCCCUGCAUACUCCACCAUUGAGGGACCCACAGGCUCGCUAUUCCAUGAGCCCCAAACUUCGUUACCGUACAGCAGAAGACUACCAUUACGACUACCGUGGAGGAUACCGGCCUGCUGACAGCGAGGGUGGGUACACCACCGACGGAAGUGGUUCUGUCGGGCUAGACUCUGGUAGCCUGCGAGGUAUACUUGACUCGGGCGGCAUUCGAGGCUUUUCUAACUUCCUUUAUCCUGAGCAUGAGUCACUAAUUCCUGGGAAUCGCUCUUCAUUUCCUCCUUCACAUGCUCAAGGGGCCAGCUACGCAAAAGCUGAUGCGUCAGCGGGAGGCGAGCGUCAGAGACACUGA